AUGCUGCAUGCCGUGAACUUUCAAAUGGCCAAGGCCGUUGUUGGGCGGGUUGUGAAGAGGAACGACAAGAGUGCCAUUGUUGCCUUUUCUGGGGAACUCACCUUUGAGAUAGAUGGUGGGGGGGAGGGGGUGCGGAGUGUGACAGGGUUUCUCUCUACUGCACCCUCAGCGGUGCCCCAGAGGCAGACUUUACAGUGUCGGGGACUGCGGGAGUUAUUGAGUCGCCAAACAGUUAGGGCCCUCUCAUGGCAUUCUCUGGGUGCGCCGGUUUUAAGCUUGUGGAGGCGCGGAUGGUGGUGUCUGGCACUGAACUUACCGUCACGCGUGAGGAGCACAUCAUCAAGGUGCCGGAGUAAGACGGCUUCUUCCAGGAAACGCAGAUGUGGCGCGACGUCGACACCGCUUUGUCCAGAAACAGUGAUGAAGAAUUUGUCGCCUUCGUCGCGGCGGUGCGAAAGUGGAGCUGUAUGGCGUGGAUGA